AUGACGAUGCUGGUAGCCGCGGGAUUCAAACUCUCGGUAAACGGGGCCAGGCCGGUGGGUCCGCCGCGGGCUGGAAGCCCCGUUCCCCGCUGGGACCCAACUCGUUCACGGGCCCGUGCGUGCUUAAACUCGUGCCGGGUGUCACGUCCUGCCUGCAGAAAGGGCUGCCAUCCCGUAACGUUUGUUUUUUACAGGUGCUCAAAGAUGAACUCCAAGACCGCCAAGGAUAUAAUAGUUGGGAAGUGGGGCUUGAAGUCGGGUAGCUCCAGAGGUGAGGGUGAGCUCGAGAAGUGCAAGCAGGAGAACGCUGCCAUCAGGAAAUCGAUGGAGGAAAUCAUUAAAGGGAAAAGCAGAAUAACUGAUCCAGAAAGGAGCGUGCUCCUGGAGAAAAUUCUUUCCCUUGAAAAAGAAAAAGAAAAACACAACCAUCUUCUUGGAGAGAAGGACAAAGAAAUCCAAAACCUCAAAGACAGGCUUAAGUCCAAAAACAAGAAUAGUGAAGUCUCCUUAUUACAAAGUCUACUAGAGGAAAAAACAAAGGAAGCAGAAAAGCAAGAUCAGUUAAUUUGUUCUCUAUCAGAAGAAAUGAACCGGUUAACGUGUAAUUUAGCCACUGCUACUGCAAAAUGUUCUGAGCUUGAAAACAGAACUGGUACUUCUCAAGCAUCUCAGGAAGCUGUAACAAACAGCACCGGAUCACCAACUAAUCUUCACGAGGUUGAAAAACAACUGAAAGAUGCACUUGAGAAAAACCAACAGUGGCUACUGUAUGACCAACAACGUGAGGCAUAUGUCAGGGGCCUGCUUGGAAGGAUCUUUGAACUUGAACAGAAGUCAGAAAUAGGCAGCCAACAACAAUCUAAAGAAUUCAGUUCUGAAGGUCAUCUACAAGAGGAAAAGCAAAAAUAUUAUGACCAGCUGCUACUAACUGCUAAGACUGAUCUCGAGACUGAAAGAAGCACUGUAACUCAGCUAAGAUCUGAACUUAACAAAUUCAAGAAGAAGUACGAAGAAACACAACAAGAAAUAAUGAGUUUAAAUGCCUUAUUGCAGUCACAACAGGUUGCUGCAACCAAGACUCUAGAAAAUGAAAAUAAAAUGAAAGAAGAGAAAGUGCAGAGAUUAAAACAAGAAAAUGAAGCUAUUAAAUGGCAGCUCAGAGAAGAAAAGAAAAAGUCUGAAGAUCUUUUAUGUCAGGUGCAACUUCUUCGUAAAUUAUUGCUCAAACGGCAGGAGGAACACAGUAGGAUAGCUUUGUUGGAACAACAGAUAUGCACCACAGACUUUGAGAAUAAACAUCUUGAUCAGCAGAACUUGCAGCACCAGUUAAACGAAGUCCUUAAGGAACUGCGUGAGGCUAGGGAGCAAAUAGCCCGUCUGGAACCUCUGAAAAUCCAGGAAUCUGGACGUAUGGAGCUGCAAGAGGACUUGCAAGUUGCAUUUGAAGAAAAGCUGACCGUGUAUGACGGAAGUCCUUCUCCAAAACAUUCCAACCUUCUUGAUGAAAGUUUUCUUGAGUGUCCCAGGUGUAAAAUGCAAUAUCCAACAAGUCAGCAUAGAGAACUACUAGCACAUAUUGACUUUUGUACAGCUUGAGCUCCAAACAGACUUACUGUAUUUGCUUUAUACGCAGUCAAUGUGCUCUUCUACAAAGGCAAAAUAUCUUUUUAAAGCUUUUUUUUUUUCUUUCCUAAUGUUAUAUAAAGGACUACUAGUUUUAUAACACGGUUCCACAAAAACAUCAUAGUAAUUUAUUUAGCCUCACAUGACUGUGUUUGCAAAAAAUUAGCUACUGCAUAUUUGGUUGCCAAUGGAAAUAUUUUUAGAAUGAGGAACAUCUUCAAAUAGCAAACUACUGACGUAUGUUUUUUGCACUAUUAAAAAUGGGAGCAGUAAAAGCACA